AUGGAUCAAAGCGAAAGUAACCAAAGCAAUCAAAAUCAUCAUGAAUAUAUUCAAGACAACCAUGAAAGCGAUUAUAAUUAUGAAAAUGACCAAAGUUACCAAUAUGAUUAUGAAAGUAAUCAAAAUGGCUUCAAUUUGACAAAAUCUCUCAAUGGAUAUUUUGUAAAUAUUGUAAAUGUUACAAUAAAUCAAACACUUUUGGAACAACAUAAAGAUGCAAUAAGACUUGAUGCUGCUGAAAAAACAGUUAAUAAAGAAUUGGAACAACUUACAGAAAAAAAUAAAAAUCAUAUAAUUGGAAUUGCAAAAAUUGUAUAUACUCUUGUACAACAAGAUAUACCACUAGCUAAACUUCUAUAUAUGGUUCAAUUAUCUCAUGAAUUAGAGUCUUUAUUUAUUUGUAUCUGUAAUGAUUGGAUGUAA